AUGUCGUAUCUUUUGUUAAAGGAUAACAUUCGUGCAUCUGCUGUCUGCAAAGCAUGGCGUGAAGCCACUGAACAUGUUCGGGUUGGUGAAAAGUAUCCAUGGAUUAUCUCCUUUCCUACACAGGGCACCUUGUUUGAUCUCUUCGAUCCAUUGCAGCGGAAGAUGUACUCACUGAAUCUUCCUGAUAUAGCUGGAAUGAAUGUUUGUUUCUCAAAAGAAGGGUGGUUACUUAUGCGCAAAUCAAGGUUUGUGGAAUUUUUCUUCUUCAACCCAUACUCCCGAGAGCUCAUUAGUUUGCCAAACUGUGAAUUACCAUUUCAGGCUAUUGCUUUUUCUUCUGCCCCUACAUCAGGUACUUGUGUGUUGGUCACGUUAAACCCUAUUUCAGAAUAUCUUGUGGCCAUCAGCAUUUGCUAUCCUGGAGAAACUGAGUUGAUUAAUAUGGAGUUUCCAUGUUCUAUUGCUUUUGACCCCAAUAUGCAUAGCAACCUUAUCUAUGCCAAUGGUCACUUCUACUGCUUCACCGCGGGAGGUGUUCUAUUUGACUUUGAUCCAUCUUCUCGCACUCUGAAUCAACAAGCAUGGGAUGAACCUAUAUUCCCUAAUAUUCAUAAUAGUGAAUGGAUUUAUCUACCGAAGAUUUUUUACUUGAUGAAGCAGAAAGGAGAGCUCUUUCUCAUGUAUACAUAUGGAAGCGAGACACCAGUGGUGUAUAAACUAGUCUCUUCAAAAUGGGAGGAAAUGAGUAGCGCUUUACUUGAUGGCUUGACAAUCUUUGCAAGCCGCUACUGUUCGGAGACUAGAAUGAAUGUUCUGGGAAUGAGAAACAGUGUGUACUUCCCAAAGUAUGACGUACAUAACAAGCAAUGUGUAUCCUACUCUUAUGAUGAAGGAAGGUAUUCUCCGUGUAAGCAAAAAGAACUAGGCUCUGUUGAGAGUCUUUGGAUCGAGCCACCGCCAUGCAAGGACGUUUAG